UCUCCAGCUAUGUGCAGUGCAAACAGCUGCUGAAUUCCCCCAUGAGCCUCUGCCUCCCAGCCCCCGUUUAGCUAGAACAUCAGCGCGAGCACAGCAAGGAGCAGCUCGCUCGCUACAGUGGUACUAGAUUACCACUUGUGCGGACAUAGUCGUCUAUAGUUGUGAUGCAUCAAUAGGUGAGCUCUUCUUCUUCCUCCUGCUGCUGCUACAUGGAGGAUCUGUACAGCAUCCACCCGGGGAUCUCGCGGGUCGGCGGCGCGGCGAGCGAGGCGUCCGGCUCCGGCGUCGUCGUCGUCGGCGGGUCGUCGUCGUCGGCGCCGUUGGAUCUGACGGAGCUGAUGAAGGCGCAGAUCGCCGGACACCCGCGCUACCCGACGCUCCUCUCCGCCUACAUCGAGUGCCGCAAGGUGGGAGCUCCUCCGGAGGUGGCGUCGCUGCUGGAGGAGAUCAGCCGGGAGAGGCGCGCCGGCGCCGGCUGCGCCGGGGAGAUCGGCGUCGACCCCGAGCUUGACGAGUUCAUGGAGGCGUACUGCCGGGUGCUGGUGCGCUACAAGGAGGAGCUGUCGCGGCCGUUCGACGAGGCCGCAUCUUUCCUCAGCAGCAUCCAGACGCAGCUCAGCAAUCUAUGCAGCGGCGGCGGCAGCUCGCCGGCGGCCACCGCCACGCACUCCGAUGAAAUGAUGGGGUCCUCCGACGAAGACCAAUGCUCGGGGGAGACUGAUAUGCUGGACAUAGGGCAAGAGCAAAACUCCCGCUUAGCCGAUCACGAGCUCAAGGAAAUGCUUCUGAAGAAGUACAGCGGCUGUCUCAGCCGGCUCCGGUCGGAGUUCCUGAAGAAGCGGAAGAAAGGGAAGCUACCGAAGGACGCGCGGUCGGCGCUGCUGGAGUGGUGGAACACGCACUACCGCUGGCCGUAUCCUACGGAAGAAGAUAAGCUGAGGCUUGCAGCAAGAACCGGGCUUGACCCAAAGCAGAUCAACAACUGGUUCAUCAACCAGAGGAAGAGGCACUGGAAGCCAUCGGAGGGCAUGCGGUUCGCGCUCAUGGAGGGCGUCGCCGGCGGGUCAUCUGGGACGACGCUCUACUUCGACACCGGCACAAUUGGACCAUGAUUUUCUUUUCAUCUUUUGAGCAAUGGCUCUUCAGAAAAUUGGCCAUUUAGGCAGUAAUAGACAUGGUAUUUGGUGGUGAUGUUGAAGAUCAGUCUUUCAGGUUAAUGUUGUUUCAAUUCAGGGUAAAGUAAUUGCCUCAUUAUUUUGCCAGAUCAUUUGUAUAUGGCUUCCUAUCAUCAAAAUGUAUAAUCAUUAUGCAAUCCUGGAGAGGACCUGAUAAAGCUGUUAGUAGUAGCUUCAUGUAAUUGGCUCAAGUGUUGUGCGUAAUCAAUAUCCACGCUGCGUACCCAGCUUGAAUGUUAGAUAGGCCGAUGACUUUAAAAAGGUAACUUUACUUGUACUAAAAUAUUUGCCUGUUAUUUUUAUACCUGUCAGUUCAUUUGUUUGGACUUCGU